AGCAUCACAGAAUAUUUGCGUUUAAGUGGUAUUUAUUGGGGCCUGACUGCACUGGACCUCAUGGGCCAACUUGACAAAUUGGAGAAGGAACCAGUCAUAGAGUUCCUCAAAAGUUGCCUGCACAAGUGUGGAGGCUUCAGCUCUAGUACAGGACACGACCCACAUAUCCUUUACACUCUCAGCGCUCUACAGAUUUUAACAAUGUAUGAUGCUUUAGAUAUAAUAGAUGUGGAUAAGACAGUUGAGUUUAUCAAAGGCCUACAACAAGAGGAUGGUAGCUUUGUCGGUGACAAAUGGGGUGAAGUUGAUACAAGAUUCACCUUUUGCUCUGUUGCUAGUCUAGCCUUGCUGAAUCGUCUAAAUGAAGUAGAUAUGAACAAGGCUGUGGAGUUUGUUCUCUCGUGUAUGAAUUUUGAUGGAGGGUUCGGCUGCAAACCUGGCUCGGAGACCCAUGCGGGACAGGUUUAUUGCUGCCUGGGCAUUCUCUCCAUUGCCCACCAGUUGCAUCAUGUCAAUGCAGACCUCCUCGGUUGGUGGUUGUGUGAGAGACAGCUGCCCUCUGGUGGAUUAAAUGGCCGUCCAGAAAAACUUCCAGAUGUGUGUUACUCUUGGUGGGUACUGUCCUCUUUGAAAAUCAUUGGUAGGCUACACUGGAUAGAUAAGGUUAAACUAGCAAGGUUUAUUUUGGCAGCCCAAGAUGAAGAAACUGGAGGAUUUGCAGACAGGCCUGGUGACAUGGUGGAUCCCUUCCACACCGUAUUCGGAAUUGCGGGACUUUCUUUGCUGGGAGAACGCAAGAUUAAAGAAGUGAACCCGGUUUUCUGUAUGGCUGAAGAUGUGAUUAAACGAACUGGACUGCAAGUGCAAAUUUUGAAAUUGUAGUUUUGUUACAUCAAUUAGUAAUAAAA